AUGGUUGAUCCUCAUUAUGACAUUGUAUUCACUGUUGAAGAGCUGGACAUUGAAUCGAGCAAUCAGUAAGUGGAUUUUCCUCAUAUUCCUGUUCAUUGCGAUGGCAUCGUUCUUUCCUUUUCAUGACCGUCGAAGUAAUUCGGGCUGCAAGAGGGUUUACAAGUUCACUAGUUAAAGAACAGGCUCUAGGCCUGAAUAGGUCAUUGUAAAAUAAAUCACCACAGUGUUUAGGUGAAUAAUUUCCGAAAAUAUAAGGCCUCUCAUCGGAAACACUAACCAAACAAGUAUAUUUGUCCGAUAGCACUUUUAUUAUUCUCUUAUUGGCCAGGCUUAUACGGCGGGAAGUCAAGAAUAAGCUGCUUAGUAAAUCGACGAUUCUAGCAGAGCUGUGCAUAGAAUAUAUAGUGAGUAAAUAUGAUGAAAUUCACUCCUGGGUCCGAAUUUCAGGUGAGUAAAUGCGGCAAACAUCAAAAGAGUUUCGUUAAGCGAUUUUGGCUCUGAACCCCCAGUCUCUGUGAGAGGAUAAGUUGAUGGGUUUCAUUAAGGGGUAAACGAGGACCAUCUUGAGGUCGGUGCACCGCUUUGCCGAGUGUCCAUUUACUAACCAGAGCCUGGGUAGAGAGUCAAUGGAUACGCACACCUGCUCAAUUUAUAAAUGCCGCAUCGAUGGUGCUGAAGCGGUGCGCUGACUCAUCUACUUACACCGGAUGUUGGCGUUGGGUUCCAGUCAUUGUUUCUAGUAUUCAUACUGCUGGAUCUGCAGAUCCCACCAGCCCUUCCCGAAGUAUUUGAAGUCUGGGAGCUUAUAGCCGAUAAUUCAAGAGUCAACGUCAGUAAUUAUCUGUGAGACAAUUUUUCUUUUGAUUGCGUAUAAGCUCGGCGGAUUAUGAGACCUGUACGGGUUGGUCUAGAACAACCAUUGUUUAAACAACUGGUUAUUUAGGUUUCCCAAUAAUAUAUCAAUGGUGUCGACAAAUCUGUCAAUGAUAACUGCGUUCCGAUUCUUGAAUGGCAUACUCGGGUCAGAGCGGGGAGUGCGGUGUUCCGUAAGAUCUCCAUCAACAAGUAUAAACUCUGACGAACCAAGGUGAACUUUUGCAUUUCAGGUGUAUGUAGGUGUUGGCAAGGAUAAGACCGUUUGAUCGCCGGAACCAUUUAUUGGCCCAUCUGAGCAUUGAAAAUCAUACAGGCGUCCAUCGUCAGGGUUAAAAAUGGCAGCAAAACAAGCAACAGUUAUAGGGGUAUCGGCUAAUCCAGCAUCAGUGACGCCAGUCCAGAGGUGACUGCUCAGGACUCUGUAUACCGGCCGCAGAUCGAUACAUCAAUUGUCUGAAGCCCAUGCUUCGGCCAGUUCGCGGUUUUUCGCACUUAUGGCGUGAACGAUUACCUUCACGGCUCUGAAGGUGAACUCGUGACCCGUUGCGGGGGUGUGGGCAGCCACUUAUAAAGAUUCAUCACCUCGUCGCACAGCCAGUUUGUGUUCGUGUACACGCGAUCCUAGGAGGCGUUCGCUCUGACCUGAGUAAUUAUAAGGACAUUUUAGGCAGGGGAUGUUAUACACUACACCCGACCGCUCACUAGGAUUUAGCCAGUCCUCGAUUUUCAUGUCCCUGCUACGCGUGGUAGCUUUCGGCCGGUGUGCUGUUCCGAUACCCAGUCUGCCAGCCAUUCACUCGGUCGGUCACCUCUGACCCGUCCUUAGUGUAUGGUAGAGCAUGCCACGGCAUAGGUCUCUGAGAUACCGGGCCUUGCGGACUUUUUCUGCCGGACGACUGCAAUGCGUCUGCAUCUGUUCGAAGAGCGUUUUCACACAGCUUCUUUUGUGAGCCACCGGAUGGUUUCUAGGGAAACUGUGAAGCUGCGUGAUGUUUGUCGCCGUCCUGUAAACCGCUGUUUCCAUAUCGACAUUGAGGGCAUCAAUAAAGUGCACCUGUUGCUCCUUUUCUUCUUCUGUCCUGAAUUGUUUACCUGGGAAGACUGAAUUGAGCCAUGAAUUUUUUGUUUAGAAGCCAGCCUGGAUACUGCGGGGCCUCCUCGAUGUUUAUUUUUGAUGUUAUGGUUGAUUGUGAUAAGUGAGGUAUACAGAUCUGGGCUGACUUCAGAAAGAACUGAACGCACAGGAUUGGGCACUUGAGCCCGGGAUACCACAAAGCGGUUCAAGUAGAGGACUCUGCUAUCAUGAGUCACACGGGCGUCGUUCCAAUUCGUGGCUGUUGCGUCAGCUACUAAGUGAUGGGCCUUUGUUCGACUGGGAUCCUGCAUCACUUUAGUUCUCGUUGACAUCUACGAGUGCUGGUGCAUCAGACGGUCGGACGCCUUAUCUGACAUUAGACCCGAGUUGGGCUGGGGACUAACACCCGAGCACCCGGGGUAGAUCGCUGAGUCAGCCAGCGCCAGGGGCAUCAUGACCUUAAGGCCAGGUCCCCAACAGGAACAGAAUCUGGGUGGGCCAGUCGAGGUAGCACUGCAUUCUCUACAGAAUAGACUUGGAAAUGGAGCGAGUUGACGGUCAGACGAGAGGCGCACGUUCAGCGUUGUCGGAACAGGCUUCCGAGUGCCAGCAAGGCCGGUGUCAGAACGCCUCACAAUUACGUUAGUACUCGGGUUUUAUGACUGGGAUUUAAGGUCUAGGAUUAGGGUUUUGAGUGACGCUUAGGGUUAAGGUUAAGGGUUGGAUUUAGAGUGUGAAUUACGGUUUAGGGUUAGGGUUGGGUUUAGUGUUAGGGUCUACAGUUAGUGAUUAGGUGUAAGGAAUCAUUCGGCACCCACUUCUCACAACUUCUGCCUGCGACUUACGUCUGAUUGGUCCCAUUCUUUGGUGGUUCAGUCUCAAUGACCUUGACGGGCUAAUCACCCUUAGUCUUCGUGGAAUUGGUUUUUCUGGUUACCUAUUUCUCAGCAGAGCUGAGUUUCCGAGCCUUGUCGGAAAACUUGUGUUUACAGAUGCUCCACCGCACAUAUUCGUAUGCGUUGCUUUAGACUUACAGCUCACACAGGAAAACAAAAAGUUUAUGGCAAAUUGAAAUGUGAAUUUACUUUCACGUCCAGAUAAUGCAGCAGAAUUCCUCUUAUUCUAUAGUGCUUAGUUCUCCAUUAAAGGCCUCCUAAUGAGCAUGAACACACACGCAAGCAUUGGUUUUGGGGUUAAUAUUUACUGACUAGCCCGUCAACUAAACGCUACCGGUCUAUUCCUUGGCUCGAGUUACCAAUCCUAUGAUCAUGUAUCAGCAGGUGAACCUGCCUAAUCGUAGUUAGCAGUUGAAUGAGGCAACUGAUGCAUUACCUACCCGCACUGAACAGAAUUGUGUUAAUGCAAGAUUUUAAUAAUACAGAAGUGAUCACUCUCUCUAUUAAAUUGUGUGCUACAUUACGUCAACAAUAAGAAUACGAUGCACACGUUGUAGUUCAGCGAACAGGAGGGAUGCACAUAGUCGUUUAGUCCUCCUGGCUCAUACACCGUCCUACCCUUGCAUUCUCCAUCCUGGUGACAAGCACAAAUACACCAAAUUGAGCUCCCCCCUGUAACCGACGGUUUUCGGAGGUUAUAACCUCAGAAUAGGGUUGGUGACGACAUUGGAAACUACCUGGAUACGUAGAAGUCUAAGUCAACAAACUCCAUGAACAUUUAAAAUCAAGUAAGGAAGGGCUUAUGCAAAGGCGUUGUACAGUGUCCGUUAAAAUAUCAUGAAAACUUCCACCUGUCAGCACUACCCCCUCUUUCCCCCCCCCUUCAUCCCCUGGCUUAGAUGCAUCUUCGACUACGUGGAUGUCCACUCCGCGGACGGGAAAGAACAGCAACGUCUGUGCGGCAACGAGAUUCCCGGCUAUCCCAUUGUCAUCCACAGCUCCAGCGCGGACGUCGAAUUCGCUUCAGACGGCAGCGGCAACGGUCGCGGCUUCCGGCUCUCCUGGGCGGCUCGGGAGCGCCCACGGUUCGCGUCUGGCGAUGGAAAUUCCGCCUGUGGCAAGGCCCCACCCCGACUCCUGUCGCUGAACCAACGUCGUCGGAUUAUUGGAGGCGAGAAGGUCGCGGCCGGCCAAUGGCCUUGGCUGGUAUCUCUCUGGCGCGGCUCCAAGUUUAUGUGUGGAGCUAGUCUACUGAACCGUCAGUGGGUGCUGACAGCGGCUCACUGCUUCAGAGGGUACGUCAAGCAGUGCACCAGUUACUCCUUACUUCAAAAUGCCCCUCUCACAACAGCCUCCCACACUACCGGCCAAUCAGAAUUAGACUUCGUCGGUUUUUGGACUUUUCGAGUACUUGGGUGACACAUGACAUUUUCUUAUCUUUUCACGACUGCCCUGAGAAUGUCGGUAUCUCCACUUAAAUAUGUUAGCGAGAGCUUUCAUAAUAUAAACACUUUCGGUCGGAUCUCAGUUCGUAGCCGUACCUGCAAUAGACAGGCCCCAGCCUGACCCCUAACCCCUAACUUCUAAACCCUAGCCCCUAAACCCAAACCCUUACCUCAGUCGCAGAAAGACCGCAGUUCGUAGCCUGGCUUAAUGAGUCGAUAUCGUUGGCGUACUUGCUUGUUAUCAGUAGGCGCGUUAAAUUAUGUUCCGCUGUUUGCCGGCGUCGGUCAAGUUGGGGUGCUAGGAAUUCGACAUUUUCGGGAACGUACGGCUACGAAAUGGGAUCUUGCCACACUUUUAGUUAUUUUUUACGCGAUAAAUGCUGUAUGCUGUCCUUAAAUGUGAUGAAGCUUACCACUUCGAAAGAUGACGGUUAAGUUUAUAAGCAUAAGUAUAACACCAUCUGGUGUGGAAACCGUCGGAAUCUCGAAGUCUACAGUAUAAUGAGACCAAUUUUAACCGAUGACUACUUUAUAAAUAAUUUUGUCAGCAAAAUCUUAAGAAGAAGUUUAUACCCCAACUACAUUAACAAAGCAUUCAAAUUAUCAGUAAUAACAGUAAGCAGCCCAUCUCAUGAAAUACUGAUGGAAAUCCUGAAAUACCUUUUCAACUGGAAGGGAAUUCUUAAAUUGGGUUAUAAGACUGAUAAUCAUGUAGAAUAAUCCUCUGCCAUGCCAGGGAGCUGUCACCUGAAUGCACUUAUUUUCGGGAACCUGCUAAAACCUCACUCGAUAAAAGAAGGACUACUUAAGUGGUAUGCAUUUUUCAUAGAUGCUCGAUGUCCUCAUUAAUUCAAAGGUAUUUUAUAGAAAAAAUGCUUAAAAUAUCCUUUCGUGCAUGCGUUUGAUAGGAAAUCAAAUCGUCUUCAAAUUUUCCUUUGAAAGAAGGGGGAGAUACUUCAACAUUCAAUCCGUUUUCCAGUUUCCGAAUCAUUUUGGGUUCGAUUUGACUUUAUACCUGUCUUUAGGGUAUCCGAACUACAGGUUGUAUGCUAUCUGUGCAAAAAAUCGCCUAUUAUUUCAUACCACUUAGAAGGUACCAGAUAGAACUCACGUAUUUUGCAAUGAAUAUGAACUUAUUUUCAUACUUAACAAGAAACAUUAAAAAACGGACAGAUACGAUCUUAUUUGAAUACAUAUUUCACGGUCUUAAGGUCUCAUAAUUACGAACUUUUUAAACCCAUAGCCACCAUCUGUCGCGUAUGAAGUUUUAAGAAGACGUGAUUUGCUAUCUACUGAGUAGAAGGAAGGAUACUUUUCCACAUUUUUCCUAGAGUAUAUUCGAAUUCAUAGGUGUACUGAAAAUCGAGGGGAGAAAAUCAUACUAAUAAAACAGACACGUUUUCCCAAGUGUGUUGUUUUGCAAGUGAUCGAAAAUAAGUGCAUUCGAAAUCCGGCAUUUUAGCGUGACUGAAAUAUCUUUAUUUCGCACGGUUAUCGGUAAUAUAUCCCCAAUUAAAUAAUUCUUUCUAAUCGAAAGUUCAUUUCCGAGCGCAUGUAAUGUUAAGCCUAGAUACGACAUCAAUGAUGGUUUUAAAUAGUUCAGGCGAAAACUAUCUUCUGAUGUGAAUCUUGAGCAAUAAGUAAAUGUUGCUCAUACGAGGAAUGACAUCCUCUACCGAGGAAAUAUUAGACAUGCAUUGCUGUUUAGAGUUUUAAGGGGAAAACACCGACUAUUCAGUAUCCUCUGACAAAAUCCGUAUGCAAAGGGCACUAAUUUAUUUUUAGCUAAACAAGCCACCACGAGUUGGGUGUCUUAUCCGAAACCACAUGUGAGCUGUGAGCAACUUGAAGUAAAACAGUCUCCCUAAGCUCUAAUUAUCCAGCAUAUAAGUGGGGUUUAAAAGUAUAGGAAGUGACAUUCGACGAAUUCCUAGUGGCAGACAGCCGCCAUUUCAUGUGCAGUUCCGUGAAUAAUUAGUACUUUCAAGAAAAUAUGUACACUAACAGUUCUUCCAACAGUAAUGAACAGACUUAUUUGUCGCCACAGCGAGCGACGCCCUAGAUUCGCUGACCAAAGACGUGGGGGGAGGCAGGUAAACACAUGACACGCGCUAAUCUGACUGCGCAGAGUCCGUGGGAGCACAGAGCUACUGUCGUAUACGGGAAUGUGCUGGCACGCCUAGGCGUAGGCUCCAUGUCGCGCCAGCCACUGCACCCAAUCCCAAAACCCGAUCGCGGAGAGGCUCAGACUUUGAGCCGGAACAUAGGAUAGGUUAGAAGAGAGGGUGAACUUGACCCGGGUGACCCCAUCCCCAAGACACACCAGUGUGCUCCUCAUUAAAGUAACUCUGACUUGUUUGGAUCCCUAUCCCACGCGCCGAAAGUCGUAGCUUGGAAGACUGGAAACUGAUGGGGUAACUUCACCGUCUUAGGAUUGAGAGUCAGGCCCAGUGAGCUUUGUGGUACUCUCAUUUGGGUAUGACCCGAGCCCCACCUGUGAAGGCUUGAUAAAUUCUGUGAGUUCAGAUCGUGUGUGUGGCACGCGUAGGCGGGCUGUUUAGUCUUUCAGUCCCGUGCUCACGUCCACCUCCGAUUGUCCAAUCAUCCUCCUGCUAUCAGCGCAGGGCGGAAGGGGAGUGGAGAGUACGGUGGACGCUGUGCUAGUCCGCCUCGCUAGAAACUAAAUUACGCGCAAGUCCUGCUCCCCGCCGUUCUACGGGGCACACUGGGCGUCGUCGUUCGCAGCUGUUGAAUUGUCGAUUACAGACCAACGCCGUAUAAUAGACCUCAGCAUUUAGACGCAGGAUAAUGAACGUACGCCUAUGUUAUUCUACCAUGAGUAACAAAUACUUUGAAAAACCGUGUUACUCGUAAGUUGUUCACUUUUUCAGGUGCUUUCAUUAAAAGUGAAAUCACAGUAGAGGAGAUGAGUUGGGAAAAUUAAAGCAGUGUAAAUGGGUCAUGCUUUAAUUUUUGAAAAUGCUAACUACUUUUUGGCACGCGGUAGUUACCAGGCCUGUUGUUAAAUUACCGAACACAAGUACGGUGAAGAGGCCUCUUUUAAUAGCGUUACAUUUUCAUGCUCAGUAAGAUUUCAAAGGUGUUGCUACCGGACUGGGGAACCCAAAACUGUGAGAGAAACUUAUUCCCAGAGACAAACACUAGACCACAACCCAUCGAUCGUAAGCAGGGCGCUCAGCCAUGGCCUCACAUCCAGCUGUACGACCUAACGGAAAUUUCCUACAGCAGACCGCACGGAAGGGGUGAGUCCGGAUUGCACUUUAACAAGCCGUUAAGGCUCCGUAUCUUGUCAGAUGUGUCAUUUGGCUUCAGAAAUCUUACAGAUGGCCGACAGUGAGCGAUAUGUCAGUCUUCUUUGACACAGCAUUCCAUGCUGACAGCCGGCUGAGGCUGCACUAUUAAUAGGAGGACGCUUUGAAAAAUAGGCCCUAAUGAUGUUGUAACAGGCGGCCUGUGGUCGCGACAAACCGUAGCAUAGCCUUCGUGGCACUCUCACGAACAUGAGAUCCGGGCUGUCCCUGCUUUAGGAUAACCGGCGGAAGCAGGCCGUGUGUGGCACGCGUAGACGGCCCGCGCCGAGCCCGCCUGCGGUCGUCCUGACAUUUUCUUCCCACCAAAGUCCGGUGCGGGACGGGGGGGAGAGUGCGGCAGAUGCUAGGUAAGUCUGUCUCGUCUUAAAAUAAUUCAAGGCAAAUCACCGGUGCUGCACCCAUUCCGUGGGACGCCGUCGGCUGUGACAGACGAACCCUCAUGUGAACAAACCGAUUCACCGAUGCUACUUCUGCUUAAAGGCUUUCCUUCGAUAUGGUUCUGUUCUAAUUGUGCAGUCGAAUUAGCUGAAUUGCCGAACAAAUUCAUCAAUUAGACAGUAUGUUAUUACCGACAAAGACAAGGGAGACUGGAAUGGCCAUUUCUGGCUUAUAAGUCGUCGUCAGCCAGUCAUCCCCGACCCCGAAGUGUGGCACAUUCGAGGCUCGAACUCGCGAUCUAUUAGUUAGAAGUCUAAUGCCUCUAACCAUUGGGCCAGUGCCUAUAUCAUGCGCCGCUGUGCGGCUGCUGGUUGGGCUCGAGAGAGAGCCCGUAACGCACAUUGGAACGAGUGAGUUCUGUAAGAACAAUCGGUGAGCGCCCCCUACCAACUUCAUCAUUGACAAAUGGCUAACAUAAUGCAAGUUGGAUUACAUACUUUAACUAGUGUUUAUAAAGAUCACCGACUUUUUACUCGACUAUUGACAGUCGUCAGUUAUAAUUGACUCCCACGACUUCUUCCCAGAUCCUCAGCAGGUGACACCUCGUGGGUGGCAGUGGUGGGAGACUUCAAUCUUGAGUGGGACGAUGGAGAGGAGCACGUGAUUCCCAUCGCGGAAAUAGAUAUUCACCCCAAGUUUGAGCAGCGCCAGGCCUUCGAUUUUGACGCUGCGCUCCUGAGACUGGCCCAGCCGGUCAACUACUCGUACGCCGUCCAACCGGUCUGCCUGCCGGUGGCAGGCUUCAAUCCGCCGACCACGGCGCGAGCCGGGGCAGCAGUGGCCAGGAAGCGCGCAGCCAUUCCAGUGGAGCCGGUUCCGGCGGUGCCAGCUGAUGAUGAGGAGGAGGAGGAGGAGGAGGAAGACGCGCCAGUCCUUGCAGGCACGCGAUUGGCUAGAAAGCGGCCGCGUGAACUCUUGCGUUACAGGAGGGCUGCUGAGCCCGCCGCCAGCGACCACAUGGCCUGUAUCGUUGCUGGAUGGGGGAAAACGGAGGGUGAGCGAUUUAACUAGCGGUCGUAUGCGAGCAGCAGACAGGGACAAACAAUUUUACUUCUGUUGUUCAAACCCUCCUCCCCAAGACUGACUCAAAGUAAAGACUGAGGUGCACACGUUAAAUCGGACUUCAACAGCUGAGCAACGGGGUAGCAGGGCAGUUGCUCACUGCAGUUAAACUUGGGCUUAUUAGGUCAGACGUGGGGAUACGAACUCCCCCCUCCCCGUAUUACGGAUGGCCAUGCGUCAGAUUCCAGGGCAAACCUGUGCCCCUGUCGCAACCUUAACCCUCAUAGUCAUUACCUCACAGCACCAGUCCUGACUCCAACCUCCAUGAAGGUAAGAUCGUGUGCAAUACGGGGGUCAUGAUUCGCGUGUGCAACUGCUUAUUUUCCUGUAGAUCAAAGAGGUUACGCAGAAGGUAGUUCGGAGGUCCAGUUAAGUGCUAAAACUUUCUUCUGAACGUUCAUUGUCAUCAUUACAUCACGUUAGAUAUGAACUUCUGAAUUAGUCAAGAUGCAAGGAAUUGUUAAAUUGCCGAGUCCUUCAGUAAGCACUUGCUUCAUUUUUUCAAGGGUCAAUCUUCAGCAUAAGUGACACCGCCAAGAGCAACACAGAACAAAUUCAAGUUGUACCUGCAAAGGCAGCGUGCUUAAGAGACAUCAUUGAAGGUGUAGUCAGAAUAACUCUGGAGAUGGUUGGUAGUUCGUACUUUUAGUCCUCUCUGAAGGUUGUAUUAGUUUAAAGUGGCCUAGUCAGUUUGCAACGGACUAUCGAUAUGUCCAAAAGCGCCCUGUUCCAUAGCAGUGCAUAAAUGAUCUCGAAAUAUGUACAUAUGGGGCGAGAACUAGAUACGUAAGUCCACCGAGAAACUAGAACGCAAGGACUCCUUUAGUGCGCAAAGGCUUUUAACUUUGGUUUGUCAGGAGAAGAGAUGGAUAUGGUAAGUGGCGAAAGCUACGGUAGACAGUGAAAUACUCCCAUUCCCACCAUAUGUUUGUUUAAUUAAUACAGCAGGCUACAGAAACAGACCGCGCAAUUCGUAAGAUCAGUAUCAGUAUCAGUAUCAGUAUCAGUUUAUUAAGGGAAAUAUAGGCAAGCGCCUUUGAAUUCCCUCUUGGUUACAAGUCGUCGGAGAAAAACAUUGAUAAAUGGGAAGGUGAAAAAGGGAUUUUGUACAUACUCGCGGACAGCUGCCAGCUAGCCGAAAAAGAGUAAUCAUUAAUGGUUACUUACUAAUUACAAGUAGUAUAAACACAUAUAAGAGGAAUACCGGGUUAUGUGAGUGGAUGUGGGGGUGGCAAUUGGGAAGCUUGAUGCAGGUCAAGUCUACACUUGAAGGAGUUCACACAGGAGGAGGUUACAACGUCGGUAGGUAGGGCAUUCCAGGCUGCAACCACUCUGUUACUGAAAAAGGACUUUCGUCCAUUGGUUCUUGAUUUCCCUGCGCGUAGUUUCAGGGGAUGACCGCGCAAAUUGGGCGUGUUAGCUUGGGUGAAAUAAUCAGUGGGAUCUAAACAACAGUCUAGGCCGUUGAUGAUGCGAAAUGUUAGUAUAAGGUCACCACGUAAUUGCCUGUAGGAAAGGGGAAACAGGUUGAGGAUUGACAGUCUGGUUUCAUAGGGCAGUGCUCCCAGACCUUGUGUCAUUUUGGUCGCCCGUCUCUGGACCUUCUCCAAGACGGUAUAAUCCAUGGCAGUCCAGGGUCUCCACGCCUGUAUGGCGUAUUCUAGAUGUGAAUAAAAAGCGCGUCAAAGGGUGGAAACAGGUUAUUUAUGGUUAUUCAUGUAAGGUAGGCCGUAACGUGUAAGACCUUAUGCGGCAAAAAAGUUACUUCUGGAUCUGACCCUUUUCUUAGUCGCAAUCUUUGAUUUAACCCUAAGCUAAACUCCCAAUGUGGUAAGUUCCGCUGGCCCUGACCGCAACCCUAAACUUUAUAUAACAUGCCUACGUAAAUAAAUUAAGUAGGCAUGUUAUAAAACUGAAACAUAGGAUACAUGUUGGUCGCCAAAACAGUUUGAGCGAUACAUGCUUUUUCUUCCGUCAAUAGUUUCAAUGGACCUGGACUCAAAGGUGUUUAAGUUUGUGCCUUACGGUGGCGUUCAGUAAAACUGUGAUGUCCAACGUAGUGUUGCGUUAACUGUCACAAUCCCAGCGAUGUAAGAGAGCUGCAGGAGGUGUUUAUUCUGUGCACAACCCCCAGAGUUUUCUUACUGGACCCUGGACGACUGGUGGGGCCUGCAUACACGAUGGCAGGGGCUAAGCAUGUAGAACCUCCCUGCAAGAAUACAACUAUUGAAAUUGCGCGCACGAUUCUUCUGUAGUGAUUUCCUAUCAGCGGAACAAACUAAAGCGCUGUCUUUUUGCAAGUGAAUGUCAUGCAGAUCAGCUUAAAAGAGGGAGUGGUGAGUGUUUAGACGGCCAUCAUGAUACUGCCCGCAGACGCCCACGGAUGCCCGCAAAGCCAUAGGAGUUAGUCCACGCGAAAGGGAUCUCUAGUGUAGGUUCCGUGUGUUACCAAGCGCUAUAUACACUCACCCGCCACUGUCAUUCAUUAGGGACAGCGCAUUAAGAAAAUACCCGAAUACCGGCUUGGUUGCAAGAUGUUCUCCUGAUAUCCCAAUAAAUGUUUCUUCCAUUAUAUUUAUUCAGUACACAACCAAACUAUAUUGGUCGCACGAGUCGGCGCUCAUCCAAGAGAAUACGCGAACACCUCCCGGCAUGGCUGGGAAAAGGAGGAACGAGGAGUAUAAGCAGCACCAUUCUCGCGCAUGUUGUCGAUUCCGGACAUCGUGUGGACCCCAACGAAGCUUUUCGUGUGAUUUAUAAGGUCCCAUCGAGCUAACCUAAUCUACUAGGCCAGCGCCUGUUAGCAACAGCGGAAGCGGCCGCCACUAGGUUGCGAAAGCCAAUUACGUGCGCACAGAAGAGCCACGUUCAGGAUCCGCGCCUACAGUGGUCGAAGGUCGACUAACGGUGCAACUCCCCCCGCGCACUUCCGCUCUCACCCCGGCCCUGACAAUGACUACUAUUAGUCCCCCCCUCCCCCACAUUUUCACACCCCGCCUGUGUUGUAAGGGGAGCUUUUAUCGAUUUCUCUUAUCGCUGACAUGCUUUACCGUUCCUAGAUAACUGUACCGACCCGACGAUAAUUUAUCGAAAGCUACGUAUGCUCGCCACCUCGUCUUCCAAACUAUAUGCCCGGCGUCGAAGUCGAUUUACUGCAGAUCUGCUCGUCCAGCUCCGAUCGGACAUUUAGCAACUUCCUAAUGUCGCAAAUAGCCCACCCGACUUGUGCUAAUUAAGACUGAUCAUGCAGAGGACAUCAUCUCUCUGUGUACAUCACAAGACCAUAACCACAUAGCCAUUUUCCAACAAACAUCUUUGGUUCUCCAAUAAAUGUCGGCAUUCGCCCGUCCAGACAUGUGUACAAUCGAAGAAACUAGACUAUAAUUACAGCUGUUCAAGGAUGCAUCAGGAAAUCCUAAAGUACAUCGCAAUAUCACAACUUUGAGUGGGCAAAGCGCGAAAAAGUUUCUUCUUCCAUAACACUGUCAGGCUGCCUUCUUGGAAACUCUUUUUGUCAGCUUCAAUGGGCUUUCUUGGUGAGACCCCCCGGAGCCCAAAUAUAUACUGAAUUUUGACUAAGGGGAGUCAAGAACGAGCCACUCUAAGUAACAAAUAUGCGUCCCAAAGUGACGGCACCGCAAAAUUCUUACACAAACCGUCAAAUCCAUAAUUAUAGCCUGUACGUGGAACUUUUAAAAGAGGCUUCUGUCUUUAUUGGACCGUCUAGACCAGUCCGUGUCCCCGACUGUGCGUGACCUCGUAGUGCCCGUGCUGGACGUGGAGGUCUGCAAUAAAUCUGCGGCCUACAGUGGUCACGUGACCGACGCCAUGCUGUGCGCCGGCCACCUGGAGGGCGGAAAAGACGCCUGUCAGGGAGACAGCGGAGGGCCACUAAUGUGCCGCAAGGCCAGUGAGGACUCCUGGACCCUCGUCGGCAUCGUUUCAUUCGGAAAAGGCUGCGCAGGUAAACAGAUUAAUCCAAUUACGUGUGUGUGUGUGUGUUUUUUUUGGUUGUGAUCUCAGAACGGGCCACGUGUUAGAUGCGCUGGACCAACACGGGGGCCACAUCGGACUCUGGCAGGCGUUAUCUGUGCGCAAUAACAAAUGCCAACAUUUGCGGGGUGCUCUGGCAGACCCGUGGUCGGCAGUAGUCGCAUAACUGGACAACUGCCAUCACCCCAUUGUUUUGUGGUCAAAAUCCUGGUCAUUUGUUUGUGGACCAGGGGGUGUGGUGGAACGCCUAGGUGAGGAUCCGUCCGAGCCAUCCACCUGCGGCCUCCCCCGUCUCCGGUCUUCUUGACUCUGUCUUGACACCGGGCCCAGGCGGGGGAGGAGGAGAGAGUGUAGGUAGAUGCUACGCAAGUCUACUGGCACUAUAAACCCCUGCGUAAGUCACCGUCCCUGCUCCCACAAUGAAGUCUGUGGGGCACACGGUGGACAUCGUCGAAAUCGACGGUCGAACUGUCGUGUUUUGGUUGAAUUUUGAUUCAGGUAAGACAGCAGGGACUGAGAACAGCAAGUCAUUUUUCAACCGGCUUAGCUGGGAGCGAUUCUCGAAAGCAAGUGGACCGGGUCUUAGUGAAAGAAAAGGGGACUUAAUUAACUAUUAGAGCUAUUACUGCUCUCUCUACUGCGCGGGUUCGGCACUCAAACGUUGAAUGCCAAAAGGCAAGAAGGCCUGAAGCAGAUGCUCACAACUCAACAAUACUCAACAUCUGUAAAUUAGUAAAGCUCAACGUCGAAUUUAAAAUCAGAAGGACCACUUUUCAACGAACAGAAUCGCAGCUCCCUGGAUUAUCAGGGAGAGCGUUGUAAAAAACGUGGAUUUUGCUUCCACUGCGGUUCGAGUUUAUUCCACCAGUGUCAGAGACAUCGCAUUGUCAAUUUCACCAUCUAUACAUCCUUAUUCUCUUAGGCUUUCCGUUACUUGGUACUCUAUUCCGAUUUCUCCGUCAGCGGUUUACUGUGAAAUAACCCGCAAACCGAAAGAACGAACGAAGGGAAGUUUGUCUGGAGUACAUUAGGACUGCUCAUCAUACGGCUUCAGUCGGAUACCUGACGUUGCUGCGGGGCUGGUAGAAAUGGCAAUCGAGAAACACUGCCAACGAGAAGAAGAGAUACUGGAGCGGCUUGUUUUGACAUAAUUACCGAUGUGAGUCAGCUAUACACAAGCCCCAGACCUGGAAGACUUGGAACUGAAUUCAAAUGUCCGCUCUUGACAGCCCUGUGUGCGAAUGUGGUUGACUAACGACGAAAAAUAGGCGAUAAAUGGUUAUUAAAGAUAGUUAGCUUUUACGGCAAUAAUUAACGAUUACUGAUUGCCCCUUGUUGUGUGGUCUUUUGUGGGGACUCGAGAAGGAAUCUGUGGUGUACCACGAGUAUAUCCGACCGACGAACUCCACUCCCCUGAGAGGUCAUCAGAUCUAAUGUUCAGUGUCGAGAAAAAAUUAAUUCAUAUUGACCCAACUGUGAAAAACUCGGCGCCUCGGUGGGAUUCGAACCCACGCAGUAAGGGGGCAGGCUUUAGUACAGCCAGCGCUCUAACCACCUGAGCUACGAGGCCCCGCCGGACGACGCGAGUUUUAAUUAAAAAGUAAUUUGUUUGUCAGUGAGCCACCCGUCCACAAUGAUAGCAACCGGAUUAGCAAAUCAAAUUCUUUGGCGUAGAUUGACCAAUCACUUGGCUCAUCCACUAAGGUGGGCCUGGUGGUGAGCUAACAACGCACGAUUACUUGAAAUUCACAAAACGGCGAGUUUCUAAAACAUACAAAAACCUGUAUUUAGGAUAGCGGAGAUUCAGUGUCAACUGCACCGGUCUAAGGGUGAGAGAGCGAGAGAGGGCAAGAUGUGAGGGGUCAAUUUUUUCCCGAUUCGUGCGUGAAAUCUUCUUUUCAUGGGGCACUGGCAACCAUGUCCGUGCCCGCCCGUGUUCUACCAGGGGACAGAGCGAUUUCCAUGUUAACAACACUUAAUAUUCCUCUUUCUUUGGGACAAAAGCACACUCUGAACAUCAAGGCGGGACUAUGAUGAGUCAGUAAAGAGCAGCGGGAGAAGUUAGCCAAUCAGGAGUGCUGUUGACAGCCCAUCGUCAGAUAGUGAAAAUUUCCCUCCAAGCAGUCGGAGUUUCGGCAGCAGACAACGGAAAGUCAUGUCCGUGAUUAAUGGACCCCCAUGCCUCGUGUUUUCAGGCCCUCUUGAUUACAAAACAUUUUCAAAAGCGUUUUAUUAGACUAGCUAGUUGUAACCGCAAGGUCCAAUCAGAAGGAUCAGUUUUAGGUUUGUGCCUGCCUUUUAUGACAAAGUCACAAAAAACCUCGGAACGUUCUGGCAGGUAAGCACACAAAAGUUAGAAUAGAACCAAACUGCAAAAUACGACCCAUCCAGAGGAGUCUUUUUUAUAAGACAAUCAUCAUUUUAUCACUAAGUAUCGACAAAAUAAAAGUUGCCGGACAACCGUCUGAAUGAACCGUACAACCCCUUUAAAUGUUUUUUUUUUAAAACUUUUUAAUAAUUUUAGAGGCCGGAGUUCCGGGAAUAUACAGCAGGGUCACUUCCGUCAUCAACUGGAUAAAGAAGUACACGAACGAUUAACUCGACCGGUACUCCAAUGAAGUUACGAAAACCGCAUUUCCCGUUUUUCUCCUUAGCUUCUUAUGAUUCAAAGUUUGGUUCCCCCUUUACACAAACAUUUCUUCAAAAACCUUAGAGGUUGGGAAAUACACAUAUUAAUACAGUGCUGGGCUUAUGCGUAUAUAUGUGUUUUGUGGCUCAAUCUUGAGCCAUAUCCGCAGUCGCACAGCAGAACAUUAUUCACAAAGACAGAGGAGACUGGAAUGACAAUUUCUGGCCCAGUGGUUAGAGGCGCGGGCUUCUAACUAACAGGUCGCGAGUUCGAGCCUCGGGUGUUCCACACUUCGGGGUUGGGUAUGACUCUCUAACGACGACGACUAAUAAGCCAGAAAUGGCCAUUCCAGUCUCCCUUGUCUUUGUCGGUAAUGCCAAUUUCUGGCUUAUUAGCCGUCAUCGGCCAACAAUACCCAACCCCAGGUUUUGCAACUCCUGAAGCUCGAUCUCGCUACCUGGUGGUUAGAAGUCCAACACCCUGAACACUGAGCAACGGGUCUGUCGUCCUGUGGGUUGUGAUCAAGCACACACAAUAGUAGACGGGCGCUCUCGACCGCGUCACAGAACCCACCCGUCCCACUUUGUGCCUUUAGGCUCAAUCUUGAGCGGGUGGUUGAUGACGGCUAAUAGGCCAGACAUGGCCAUUCGAGUCUACCUCGUCUUCAUCGGUAAUGACAAUCUACAUCUACUAUUAGCCGCUGUACCGCUGCUGGUGAGGCUCAAGAUUGAGCACCAAGAUGCACAGCGGAACGAGUGUGUUCCCUAA